UUCCAUAUCCUACAAGCCAGCUGCUGGAGAACCGUCGUCCCCCUGAACGAAUUCUCUUCCCCUUGCUACCUCAUUGAUGACCACCGGAGAUCACCACCAGCAUAGCAGCAGCAUGUGCUCGCAGAAGCAGAGGAACACAAGAAGCAACGAUAUGGACGUCGAGGACGUGAUGCGUUCGCAGGACUGGGUGAAAGCAACAUCGGCCAUCUCGACGACGACGUCGUCCGGCAUCCCGGCCAGGGCGUGGCGGACCCCGCUUGCGCGGCACCUAAAGCUGGUCUCCUUCCUCGAAGCGGGUGACGGCUGCAACGGUAACAGCAACAUCAAUAACAAUAGCAACCGCGUCAGCAGGGACGACGGUGGUGACGACUACGGCGACGAUGACGAUGAUUGCCUCCUCGACGAAGAAGGUACCAUGCGUCACCACCCCCUGCACGUAGCGGCCUCCCAGAACAUCCUCAAGCUCGGUCGCGUGCUCCUGUCCCCCGCGGCCGCCGCCUCCGUCGACCCCAACGUUCGGGACGGCUCGGGCAGGACCCCCCUCCACUGGGCGGCCAUGACCGGCCGCGUGGACUUCGCGCUCCUUCUCCUCGAGAGCGACGCCAAGCUGGACGCCGUGGACCGGGAGCAGCGUACCCCGCUCCUCUCCUCCUCGGCCUUCGGGGCGACCAACUCCGUCCGCCUGCUGCUGGAGUGGGGCGCGGACUGCUGCAAGCCCUCGAAGGGCGGGCUCACGCCCCUCCACGCGGCCGCCGCCGGAGGGCACGCGGAGGCCAUCAAGCUGCUGAUCGACUGCGGAGCGAGCGUCCACGCCAGGACGGACAUGGGCUGCAACCCGCGCCACGUGGCAGAGAGGCGGGGGCACGUCGACGUCGCGCGCAUGCUGUCGGCUUGGGCUCAAAGGUCGCGGUCGCUACCGUCUGCGGCGGGGACGAUGGUGGGAGGAAACGACUCAUGGCGAGGCGGCGGCGGCGGUGGCGGCGGCGCCAGCGGCAAUGGCGACCGGGACGCAUGCGAGGAGGAACGGCUCGAGGUCUGCAGGCGGCACAGCUUCGACCGGGCAGACCUCUUGAGGCGACCUCUGUUUCGAUGAGACAAGAAAGCGAGUGUGUUUGAGGCGUUCAUCAAGCCGACGUCUCAACACCAACAGCUCACGAGGACAUGGCUGGCCAUGAUAUGCUGGCGCGUUGGGGGGGUGGGGUGGUGGAAAAUCCGGGUUGUGCAGUAUGCACCAGGUGCAGCGAAAGCUUCAACAGCUAGAUAACUGCUGCACGACUUUGCGAAUUUCGGCUACUGCUGAGCGCAUGCGAAAAAAUGAUAUUGGCAUUGACGCAAGCAAGUCUUCCGUUUGUGGAAGAAGACAUGAUCUACUUCGACUCUAGUAGGCUACUGUUGACACGCUCUUCAAAUACAGCAGCCAAGUGCACCGGUACGUCGCGUACACCCCCGGUAUGUUGCUGCGAUAGAAAGGCAUGCAGUAGGUAUAUUUACACAGCCAUGCUGGCCACCUUUGUUGUGUAGGGGAGGGUUUGGACGGUAGAAGAGUGCUCCAGCUUUCUUUCUUUCCCUUCCGGUUGCAUUUAUGUAUUUAGUCGUGUGUUUUCGUGUAACGUUUGUUUUGUGUGCGGUAGAGUUCAGGAGGGGCGCGCUUUGGAGGUUACCUUUACUGUUCAGAGUGAUGUACUUCAAUGUCUUUGUGCGUGUGUUUUUGCAGUGGGACGGUGGGCCGUUCGCCCCUGGAGGCCUUCACCUUCUCCGUGAUUCGGGUCGCGGGAGUGGCGGGCAGGGGGGACGGAGCAGCGAGCGCCGGUUGGAUCGCCCACCCAAAUGAAUACCCCAACUUUCCGUUCCGGCACACAUAUGGUAAAGUGUGUCCGAACACAGCGCCCGCGUGUGUGUGUGUCACGACAUGUCCUUGCUUGUUUUUUCAAGCAUAUGCGGGUAGGCAUGUUUCAUGGGGUGGGGGGCGGGGAGGGUUCAAAAACGUUGUGUUCCGUGUACAACCCGGAUGUAUGCUUCUGCAGACAGGGUUGGAAACGAUACGGGGGGCUGCUGUCUCUAGGCAUCCGUCCGCGAGCGAGAGAUGCACGCGUUGAGGGCAGUCGCAAGAGGGUCGGUCACCGUUUUUCCUUCGGUGGCGACGUGGAAGUAGGUGUUUAGCCUGGGUAAUAGCUGCGCGGGUUUUGUUGUUUGUGCUCUUUGCCCAAUCGCGUCUGAUGAUCUUCGCAUGACAGAGAGAAGGAAGCAGAGAAGGUGCGACGAGAGAUAAUAAGCAGAGAAACGAGUAUUUCGAAGGCCCGCUAAUAGUCAGCGAAAUAGCUCCGGUGUUGUCACAGUGUAUGUGUUUUGUGUCUGGGUGUGUUAGUUUAGCAUCAUCUGCGCUACAACCGGCUCACCAAUGAGAAUGGCGUCAGUUUAUUGCGCGAUAAAGAAACGCAAACAUGCUCUCUACUCGAAGGGGUUCUACCGACAAGGAGCGGGCCGGAGUUUGGACGACAGAAACAACGUGUUUUUCUAUUAUUUGUAUCGACCGCGCUGACCGGCUGACCAAUGAAAAUACGUCAGUCUCAGCGCGGCUUUAAAUUCAACAGGCCAUUAUCUGAGACCCCGUGAGGGGGUGUCGAGCGGGAGGCUGUGUGUAUGCGCGUGAUUCAUUUUUUUAUUGUUUGCUUUCCCGCGCUAACCGGCCGACCAUGGAAAGUACUUCAGUCUGAGUGUGCGAAUUGCCUGAUCGGUGACAACGAUGUCGGUAUUGAGCCCGAAAGAUAAAAAUGCACGAAUG